CGAUCCAAGACACCAGUCGGACAUUUUGUUUCGAAGUUUAGGUAGGAAUUAGUGAGGCAGGGGACUGUGUGGAAUUUUGUUUUCACAAUUAAACGGGCUCUUUUCAAUUGAAAAGGAUAAUAAACGACAUCAUACGUCGGUAUAUCGAGAGCUGACAAACCAGGAGACGUGUUUUUUUUCACUUGUUCGUCCUUUAAAUGGCGGCAUAGGACAAUAGGUUUUGUAGAAACCAUUCAUUGCAAGCGUGGUUGGUCAGGGCCUACAUGGUUGCUAGAUAAUUUUAAAACAAAGCGAAUUGUCAUCUAAUUGUGUUGUAUUAGCUUAAAGCUCCUUUCGAUAUCAGGGGCAUUAUUAUUAUUAUUAUUAUUAUUUUUUUUAUUUUCAAUUUAAAAAAAAAAACGUUAUAAGUUCGUCGGAUUGUAGCAUUCAUCGUUUAGAUCUUGUGGUUGUUGUGCAGUGAACGUUGUAGCGCAUUUUAGGGUGAAAAUGGCAGAGUUAUAUAUCCGGGUCGCGGAGGAUGAAAACGAGGAACCGAUGGAGAUCCCCUCGGAGGACGAUGGCACCGUGUUACUUUCCACGGUAGCCGCGCAGUUCCCCGGUGCCUGCGGUCUGAGAUACAGGAACCCAGUUUCCCAGUGUAUGAGAGGGGUCCGUGUGAUGGAGGGAGUUUUGCAAGCCCCGGAGACCGGCUGGGGAAAUUUGGUCUACGUUGUCAACUAUCCAAAGGAUAACAAAAGAAAAAUGGAAGAAAUUGAUGCCUCUUCUGCAGUGAAGAUCAAGAGGGCAGAACUGAAGACCUCAGAUUUAAUUGUUCUUGGUCUGCCCUGGAAGACUUCAGAACAGGAUCUGAAAGAAUACUUCAGUACCUUUGGAGAAGUAAUAAUGGUGCAGGUUAAAAGGGAUUUAAAAACUGGCAAUUCCAAGGGCUUUGGCUUUGUAAGAUUUACAGACUAUGAAACGCAAGGAAAAGUGAUGUCACAGCGGCACAUGAUAGAUGGAAGGUGGUGUGACUGUAAACUACCUAAUUCUAAGCAAAGUCCUGAUGAACCCUUGAGAUGCAGAAAAGUGUUUGUUGGCCGCUGCACUGAGGACAUGAGUGCUGAAGAGCUUCGGCAGUUCUUUAUGCAGUAUGGCGAGGUUACAGAUGUCUUCAUACCCAAGCCCUUCCGAGCUUUUGCUUUCGUCACCUUUGCAGAUGACCAGGUUGCCCAGUCCCUUUGUGGAGAGGACCUGAUAAUUAAAGGAAUCAGCGUGCACAUCUCGAAUGCUGAGCCUAAGCACAAUAAUAGUAGGCAAAUGAUCGAAAGAGGGGGGAGAUUUGGGAACAGCCCGGGGUUUGGGAACCAGGCAGCAGGCUUUGGUAAUGGCAGAGGGAGUGGGGGUGGGUUGGGGAACAGUCCAAACAGUAAUGUGGGGAGUGGAAUGAAUUUUGGUGGUUUUAGUAUUAACCCAGCCAUGAUGGCUGCUGCUCAGGCAGCUUUGCAGAGCAGCUGGGGGAUGAUGGGCAUGCUUGCCAGCCAGCAAAAUCAGUCUGGGGCCUCAGCUAGUACUCCAGCAGCUCAGGGCAAUAUUCAGAGGGAGCAACCCCAGAGUUUUGGUUCUGGAAACGGCAGUUAUGGAGCAAACCCUUCAAGUUUAGCAUGGGGGGCGACGGGAUCAAACUCUGGCACAAGCAGCAGUGGGUUUAAUUCAGGAUUUGGUUCAAGUAUGGAGUCAAAAUCCUCUGGGUGGGGAAUGUAGAAAACUUUUUUUUUUUUUUUUUAAGGCUUUACGUUUCUAGAUUAUAUGGUAAGUAUUUUGAAGGAUAUUUUCCAGAUCAUUUCUAAUAUGUCCUAGGUAAUUUAAAUGACAUACUAUUUUUUGGCCUUUCUUUUUGUAAAAGAAAACCUGAAUGUUUUGUACAUUUGACUAAAUCUACAAAAGAUUAAUGUACAGAGUGGUUGAAAGCGAGUCAGUGUUUGCCAGGAUGGUAACACUAUGUGUGGUGUAAAAAUGUUUUGUUUUUCCCUGGUGAAACUGAGAUUGUGGCAAACCAGAUUCUCUCUGCAUGCAUUGUAAAAAAAAAAAAAAAAAAAAAAAAGAUAUUCAUUUCAAAAAUUGCAUGAAUAGACCCCCCCCCCUCCCCAAACUUGAUAUGUAUAUUUUUUUCCAUGUAUCUUGUAUUGUGAGAAUCUGGUUUCAGACUUCAUUUAAGUGUUUUUUUUGCAGUUUUCUUCUAAAGUUUUAUAGAAAACACCUUCAUUAAAAUCUCUCUGCAGUUCAUCAAAUUUCCAAUAUGCCUGGAGGAAGCUCUGCACUGGCAGCAAUGUUCGAGCAAUCUCGGUAUCAGUACCCUUCUUCCCAUGUCUAAAUGCUUUGUCAUCAAAGAACACAGCUUCGCUCUGCAUAAACUGUGUUAGACGGUGGGUGUUGCAUUUUUACUCCUAUUUCAUGGAAUCGUAUCUGCGCUGUAAAGCAAGGUUGUGAUGUGAAAACGGGAGAGCUUUUGAGACGCUUAAGAACUUUGAUUGGGAUGGAUUGUUGGUGCCACGAGUGAGAGGCUGGUAUGAGCGAGCGGAGCAAAAGCACGUGUGGAAAGAACUGGUUGUGCAUUUAAAAUAAAGCCAUUUAAGAACUGUACGAGAUAUGGCUCAAUCCUGUGGCUUUGGUGAGCGAGUGUGAACGGAGCAGCAGUUGCAAGGAAGGUACGAGUGUUUCUAACUUCAUCAGAGGACGUCCGUUGACUGUCUUGAGAGAGACUCUAGGGUUUUUUUUUGUUUUGUUUUGUUUUUUAACUGAUCAAGUGAAAAAGUAGUUACAAAUGUAGUGGAAUGUGUUUAGUGAUCUGAAUAUUUGUAUCUUUUCUUGCUAUAUUAUCUGAUGUGAAUGCCGUGUGGUGUGUGCUUUGUUUUCCUUUUUUGACCUGUAAGUGUGGAAAUGUGAUCUGAUGCUGGUGGAGGCUGUGAUGAGAACACUGGGGGAGCUUGUGGUGUGCAGCUAAAGUGUGCCAGAAUUAACCAAGUGAGCUCAGUGCGUCUCAAGGAGGAUGAAAGUCUGUAAGAAUUCCUUAAAGGGGCAAAUGUUGCUUUUGUUAAGUGUUUGUGUUUGAAUGCAUUUUAUUUGAUUUGUCAUUUUGAAGGGAAUUAUUAAAUAAAAUUAAUUACAA